GCAUGUAAAACUUUGGGUUAGUGCCUGAACUUGCAUUAAGCAUCAGCACACGUAAAAGAGGUUGCCCAGCGGUUCAGUUCGAGAACAAUUGAAUUUGAUUUUUAUUUUGAAUUACCGCUCAAUCACACUCUUUUGUUUACUAAAGAAACAAAGGUUGCUGGACGGCCUGGCCAUUUCUUGGUUUAGCCUAGGUUUUGUAAUGAAAGCUCGAAAUGACAUAUAUUCUGCUCUCUACUGCCACAGUUUUGUACUCGUUACUAAACUCUCUCCGAGCUCCGAUGCUGUUAUAGUUUUGUAAUAAGCAUUAUAAGAAGAAAAAUUCAAAUAUUUACCUUACAGUGAAUAGAGCAGAGAAUACUCUGUCAUCAAUUGGGUAAGGGCAGAUAAGGAACGCUUCAAUUUUCGAGGAUGUCAUCUUCAACUUUUUUCAGCACUUCAUUCAAUCUUUACAGACGCAUUUCUCGUGUUGGGUGUAACCCGAGUGUAAUUCCGGAGCUGCAGAAAUGGAUGGAAGAAGGCAGACGGAUCAAGAAAUUCGAACUGCAGCUCAUCAUCAAAGAACUCCGCAAGUAUGGCAGGCAUGCUCAUGCUCUUCAGAUUUCCGAGUGGAUAGUAGGUCGCAGUGAAUUUACAAAGGGUUUGUCUGAUCAUGCUGUUCGCCUAGACUUGAUAGCUAAAGUUCGUGGUAUAGCCAGUGCUGAAAGUUAUUUUAACAGUCUUCCUGAGAUUGCAAAGGUUGAACCCACUUAUGGUGCACUACUGAACUCUUAUGUAACGGCCAACAUGACUGAAAAAGCAGAGGCACUAAUGGAAAAGAUAGAGGAGUUGGGCUAUGCUAGAACAUCACUUCCCUAUAAUCAGUUAUUGACUCUUUACAAAAAAACAGGUAAAUUUGAUAAGGUACCCUCAGUCCUUGAACAAAUGAAGAGAAAAAACAUCUCACAAGAUAAGUUCACUUAUAAUAUUCGGAUGAACAUUUGUGCUGCUAUGUCUGACAUUGAUGGAAUGGAGAAAGUUUUGCUAGAAAUGAAAUACAAUCCUAUGGUUAAUACAGAUUGGUCUACAUAUGGAAACCUGGCAAAUAUUUAUAUCAAAGCCGGACUUUCUGAUAAGGCACAGGCCAUGUUGCAGGAGAUGGAAAUGAAGAUAAAUCAAUGGGAUCGAGAGUUAUUUAUCUAUCUCAUUACUUUAUAUGCAGGUGUUGGUAAUAAAGAUGGAGUAAAUAGGAUGUGGCAGUCAUUAAAGUCAGCCUUCCCCAAAUUGACAAACAUGAACUUUAUAUGCAUGCUUGAUUCUUUGGUGAAGCUUGACGAUCUUGAGGGAGCUGAGAAACUUAUUGAAGAAUGGGAAUCUGCUGUUGUUGAUUAUGAUUUCAGAGUUCCUAAUAUACUUCUCAAAGCUUAUGUCAAUAAUGGGCUGGUCGAAAAGGCUGAGUUGUUUGUUGAGCUUGCUUUAGACAAGCAAAGAAAACCCAUUUGCAAUACAUGGGAAAUACUUGCAGAGGGCUAUUUAAAGACCAUGCAACUUGAUAAGGCUACACAAGCUAUGGAUAAAGCCCUUUCAAUUAUGAAACAAGAUGAGUGGAAGCCAAAACCUGCAAAUGUGCAAGCCCUUCUAAAGCAUUUCCAGGAGUGUAGUGAUAUGGAACAUGAAGAGCAGUAUCACAAACUCCUUAGGGAUAUGAAUUUUGCAAACAAAGAGUACAAAGAGUCUUGUGAUACACAAUGAAGUUGUUGAGCAUGCUUCUCACCUAGUUGAACAUUUGACAAAUGACUGGUCCCAAUGAAGAAAAUUACAAGCAUCCUGGACAAGUUACUGAACCUUACGAUGUUUGAGGAAGCGUGGCUACUCAGAAUGUUUUGCAGCCUUUUACAUAACGUCUUGGCAGGGGCUGUAACAUCGUAGAGGUGGUUGCUGAGGUUCUGAGUUCUUGAUGUUUAAGCUUCAAAAAGAAAUUUUCAAGAAAAUUUCACCAGAGUAUCUUCCUUUGCCAUUUAAUAUUUCAGAUAGGAGUUUGUUUUGGAAUUUUUUGCUUCACAUUUCAAUAUGUUCCUUGAAUUUCAUUUCAGAAAAUCUCACCAGAAUAUCUUCCUUGCCAUUUGAUGUUUUAAAUAGGAGUUUGUUUUGGAAGGCUUUGCCUCACAUUUCAAUAAGUUUCUUAAAUCCAUUGUUAGGUAAAAUCUUGUCUGAUAUUGCUUUAUUUGGGUUAUAUUCCUUUCAUCCACAUCCCUGUGGAGCAUGUAUGAUGGAUGCUAUUCCAAUCAUGUUCAUAGGAUCUUGUUCGCGAGGGAUAAGUGGGCUUUUGUAUAUUCUACAAUUCAUAUAGAAUUUUUAAGAUUAAAAUAUUAUCUUGUGGAUCA